GCGUCGACCCGUCAGCCGUAUCCCGUGUUAACUUGGUGUUGUGAGCCACCGGAACAUUCCGAAUUUCUGUGACUGUUGUGUGAUGGAUUUGUGAAUUGAACGAUGGAGGAGGAGUCGAUGUCUGGACACAGCUGUUCUGAGGACGAUAUCAGUGUUGGGCGGCCGUCGCCGGCUCCGUCGCGGUCGCCAUCCCCUCAUGACUAUUUCAGGCCGCUGAAACGGUUGAAGAUGGCUUCGGAACCGGCAGAAGAGCGUCGAGGGGAAGGCGUGAAGAGUUUUUCAAUUUUGGACAUUUUAUCACACAGCCCGCGAACUCCUCCGCGUAUUGUGCGGCCAUGGGACGCGUCAGGAUUCGAGAGACUGCAGCGGUUGCAGAGGUUGGCGGGGGCUGCAUUGCUGGAUGGAGAGAGGUGGAGGCUGGCGGCUUUAGGGCUUUUGAGGCCGCGAGAUAUGGCUCCGGCGGAAUGCUGUGACUCAGCGUCGGAGCGGUCGUCGUCGGCGUCCGACUGCUGCUCGGAGCCCCGGAGAGCGCCCCAGCAGGGCUCCACGGCUCCACACACUCCUCUGGAUGCACUGUUUCACAUGACCAGCAAGACCUUUGAAGCGAACAGUUCUGACAAUGGAGAUGGCCAGUCAAAUCACCUGAACCUCUUCAACAACAGGCCGCAGCCGAAGAAGAAACGGAAAUCAAGAACGGCAUUCACGAACCACCAGAUUUUCGAAUUGGAAAAACGUUUCCUAUACCAAAAGUAUUUGUCUCCAGCCGACCGAGACGAGAUCGCCAGCUCUCUAGGACUCUCCAACGCCCAAGUCAUCACGUGGUUCCAGAACAGACGAGCAAAGCUGAAGAGAGACAUGGAAGAGUUGAAAAAGGACGUCGAAAGUGCAAAAGUACUUUCAGCGCACAAGAGUUUUCUAGAAAACGUGACUGACUUGGGUAUAUUGAAGAAGAAAGCUAUGAGCAUAGGAGCGAGCGAGGAGGCCGCCACGAACUUAGUUGUCAACGCCUCCAAAUGAAACGAGGCGGCACGCGUGGUCGUGCCAAGUGUCAACUACGAUCGACGCGUACUCGAUUAUUAAAUCGUGCUUAUCGAUAUCGAUAAACAAAGACUGCUGUGCAACACUUUCCAAACAGACAUUAGUGACGUGUCGUAUAAAUGUUUUAUCUUCACUCUAGAUUCGUUAAGUACAUCACUAUUUAAUGACUGUAAAUACAUAGAUUUGUAGUUUACUGUACAAAACUGAAGAGAAGCUUCAUUCGAUAAAUGUGAUAGUUGAUUUUAUUAUUUAAGUACUUAAUUUUUUUAUAGAUGUAUCUUUAAAUUAUUUAUUUCUUCGGGUUAUUAUUGGUGUAUAAAAAUGGUCAUACCAAGUGAAUAAUAGUAGAUAAAUUUAUUUAGAUUACUCGUGCGUUUAUAGAUUAUAUUGAACGGUCGUGAUGCUUAAUUUGAAGAGGAUAUUAAUUUGAAAUUGAUAUUUCAAACAAAAUAUUUUUUAAUAUUUUUUUCGAAUUUGUCAUCAAAAUCGCUACAAAUUUAUUCCUAAACAUCAGAGUUACUAUGUAACAAACACCAAUUUAUGCAAUUUACCUCUAAGUGCAAUAUGAAUGGAAAAUUACUAAGAACCAGUAAAAAAACCCGUUACAAUGUAUAUAUACUUGUAUAGAAAAAUUAGUAAUUACAUUUCUUUUUAAUGUAGUUUUGUAAUGUAAUAAUAAACGUUAAAAUACAACGCCAAGUAUAAUUUAUAAUUAGUAAAAGUAAUUACUAAUUUUAAAUUACUUUAUAGCGAUUUUACUAAUUAUUAAAAAGAACAUGACGGCUGUUAGUGCUAAUUACAAGUUACAAUCUAAGUAAUAACAAGUGAUUUAUGUUGAAAAAAUCUAAGCAAGUGAUGAUAUAGAAGAAACGAGAUAAUUAAUUAAAAAUCUACAAGAAAACCCAUUAAAAGUGCGUACAGUUUAGUUUUGUUUUUGUUUACACCAUAGAGUAAAAAUAGUGCUUUGACACAUUAAAUUUCGACUGACAGAUGCUUAUUAAGCAGUAAAGAGAAAUACUACUCGUAAUUUAAACAUAUUUUAUUCGUACAUAGUUCCAGUGAGUUUAAUUUCUGAAAAUUAUAUUUAAAAAACUUUCAAUUGUUUUUAAUGCCUGUACGUAAAAUUUAAAGUUUGUAAUCAUAUUAUUAAAUUUGACGUGAAAAUGUGUAAUCUCUGAAUAAAUAUUUUUUUAUUUUAAUCAUACAUUUUCUGUACAAUUACAUUCAAAUUCUACUUAGAAGCGUAAAAAUGCCCAGUACUAUGGUAGAAACCACAGCACUGGGUUGUGGUACUGGGAUACUAAUACGAUUGAAAUGUAGUGAAGUCGAAUUUAAUGAAGAGCCAUCUAUAAACUGAAUGCCAUUUAGUAUUAAAGCCGUUAAAACAUUACUUUUCCGUUUUAUUCUGUAGACAAUCAAGAUAGUUGAUUACCUAAUCGAAACAUAUUUCUAUUAAAUUUUAGUGACAGGAGAGGGAAAUAAACAAACAUUUAUGUCAAUUACAUAAAUUAUAAUAAUUACAUAUUAUGUUGUUUAAUAUGUAAUUAUUAGAUAUUAAACGACAGUUUGUGAUCAGUAGGACAAAAUAUACAAAUAAUACAUAAUGAUUUUCAGUUGAUAUUUAUUUACAAAAUUUGAGAUAGUACUGUUAGCUUUCUUUAUUUUUAAAAUAUGUAUGAUUCGUUUAAAUCACAACAUUUCUGACAUAUAUCAACAAAAAAGAUAAAAUACCUGGACUUUAAUCUCUCUUUCCCUCUCUUAUAGAUUAAACAGUCAGAUCAGUAUGUAUGCUGCCUAAACAUUGAUUGAUCAAAAUAUUAAACUUCAAAGUGAUAGAUAGAUAUAUUUAUUGAAAAUUUACAAAAAUAAAGAACCUCGAAUUUUUAUCGAAAAAAUACAUCAAUAGCAUAAUCUUGACUUGUUGAAUAAUAAAGACUUUAUUGUUCGCCAUUCAUUAAUUUUAAAUGGUAGUAUUAACGUCGUGCUUCACUACGAUUGAAAGUUUUUUGAUGCAUUCAAAAAAUUUACACGACUUUAUUUUUUUUAAGUCCAGCCAAUUUUUGUAAUGUCUGUCAAACGAAUCCUUGUUCCUAUUAUUAUAACAGUUGUAAAAUACAAUAUAUCAGUCGAUACGCUUUCGCGACAUGUUAUGUGAAUAUUACUUAGUGUAA